AUGAGCACUUCACCUAACAUCAUGUGCCGUCUAUUUGAAUUACCAUUAAUCUCCAGUACUUGGGAAUUUAUCCAAAAUAAAUAUCGUCAACAAAAAGAGCAAUAUCCUCUUCUCAAAUACACAUUAAUAGUGCCUGAGCAAACAACCAUUUUAAUAAACAAACAGUUUAUUCAACCAAUUUAUAUUCGUCAUCGACACAAAGUUAAUGAUGUGGACACAUUUUUAUGUCAUCAAUUAGAAACUAUCAAAUGUUAUUGUCCAAUACUACAAAAAACAAAAGAUCAAGAAUUAGACAAGAUUAUUGACAUUGAUGCCCUGUAUUAUUUACUAUGCUGUUUAAAAUUGUUAAUCUUAAAUGAUGAAUGUUUAGAAACAGCAGCCAAAGAUAACAGAGGAUUUUUAACAUAUUGUCUGGAAAAAUUACUUGUACACCAUAUUUGGAAAAUUCUUAGUCUUGGUCAUGAUCAUUUAAAUGAAUGUUGUGUUCCAUUACUAUUACACGCUUUAAGUUAUGAAUCUGGCAAAACAGCAUUCUCUGCGUACCGUUAUGUGAUGUGUGCACUUGAAAUUCAAUUGGAUACAGUGAUUAGUGAUCGUUCUCUCAUUAUCCAUCGUCUGUCGAAAUUAUAUUUAAUUUUACUCCAACAAAACAAACAACAGUCUACAACAGCAAAAGGUGUUUUCAGUUGGGAAUUUUUCUUGAAUCGAUUUGAUACCCUAUCAUUAGAAUCACAAAUUAAUCUAGAAGAAUCGGGUGAUAUUGUUUCGCCACAAUCCAUUGGUGGAUUUAAUACAGAGUGA